CACACACACACACUGGAUUUGAGUAGCAGCUCUGCAGCCGCCGAUUUUCCUGUACAGAGAAGAUGGUGAUGUGUUUUUGGGGUGCAAGCGUCCUUCCUGGAAUGGACAUUCACGAACCAGUGUGGUUUUGGGAAUGCUGGAUCUGAGGGAGCUCCAUCCAUCCAGCCAUUGCUCGUGUGACUUGUGAUUUCCAUGCAUGCACACGGGGGAAUCACAGCUUCCUUUGCUGAAUGAACAGGAUCCUCUCGUAAUUAUCUAACAUUUUCUGACAAAAAGAAGACCACGUUAGUGGCAGCAGCGCGGAUCUCCGUGCUGCAUCUUUUUCACAUCCUGCCGUAUGUUGAUUUCCUGCUCUUUGUGUUUAUUUUAUUCUCUACGAUCAGAGAAUCGGGUCAGGAAUCCUGGCUGCCCAAGCUCUCUUCAAAUCGUCGGGGAUCUUGGUGAAUCAUGGACGUCUGGAGCCCGGCGGUCAAUUUCACAGCAGCGCACCUCUGGCUGGACAUCCAGAACGCGUCGAGCCCGGAGACCCGGUGGGACAGCAGUCCGUCCGCCGAGGGGACCGGGCUGGACGAGCAGCAGCGCCUCGUCCGGGAGCAAGCCUACCGGGACUUCACCACCACGGUCCAGGUUUUCAUCCUCAUAGGGUCGCUGCUCGGGAAUGCAACGGUGCUGUGGUGCACCUGCUGCACGAGCGUCUUUAAAUCUGUGACCAAUCGGUUCAUCAAGAACUUGGCGUGCUCAGGUAUUUGCGCCGGUCUGCUGUGUGUCCCCUUCGACGUGGCCCUCGGGGCCAGCCCCCGCUGCUGCCUGUGGCUCCACACGCUUCUGCUCUGCAAGGCCAUCAAGUUCCUGCAUAAACUUUUCUGCUCCGUCACCAUGCUCAGCUUCAGCGCCGUCGCACUGGACAGAUACUACUCCGCUCUGUACCCACUCGAGAGGAAAAUCUCAGAUUCCAGAUCUCGAGACCUGGUCAUCUACAUCUGGGUCCAUGCCGUGGUGGCCAGCCUCCCCGUGUUUGCCGUCACCAACGUUACAGAUGUCUACGUCGCCUCCUCCUGCUCUGAUGACCCGGCUCGCUCUGUGGGUCACAUGGUGUACGUGUUGAUCUACAACAUCACCACGGUGAUCCUCCCCCUGGUGCUGGUUUUCCUUUUCAUGCUCCUGAUCCGCAGAGCGCUCAGCGCCAGCCAGAAGAAGAAGGUGAUCAUCGCGGCGCUGCGGACUCCACAGAGCAGCAUCUCCAUCCCGUACGUAUCACAGAGAGAAGCUGAGCUGCAUGCCACUCUGCUAGCCGCGGUGCUGGCUUUCUCGGCGUGCAGUGCCCCCUAUGGAGCGCUGGUGGUUUAUCGCACCAUUCUGGCGGACGCUGAAGAGCUGCCAGUACCGCUGUAUCUCACCGCCCUCUGGCUCCCCAAAGUGUCCCUGUUGACCAACCCCAUCCUGUUUCUGACCGUGAACCGCUCAGCACGACACUGCUGUCUGGACCUGCUGUCCAGACUUCACAGACGUUACAGCCGCCGUAAUGCGGUCAGCACCGGGGGUCUGGCGUCUUUAGGUGCUGAUGGGAUUAUUGGGGAGCCGAUGGGACUUGAGACAGCUGGCCGGUCCGGGAGCCAGCUCCUAGAGAUGUUUAACAUUGGCCAGCAGCAGAUCUUCAGACCAUCUGAGGAAGAGGAGGACAACGAGGCCCCGUCUCAAGUGUCUGGACAUGUAUCUGGGCACAAAGAGGACCAGAAAGAUGGCUUGAGAUUAGGAAGCUUCAGAGGGGAAACAAAUACAACAAAGGACCCUGGAGGAGGGUGUAUCAUCACUAAGGAGAUCCCCCCUUCAGUUCCAGCUCCUCGGGCGUCUCCUGCUCACACGUGCGCUUACGCCUCCUCAUCUCAGGUGGCACCGGCUACGCCUACAGAGGCUGAGGACUCCACACAGUUUGGAUUUGGACCGUUUGAGCUGCCGCCUCAGUGGUUACCCGAAACCAGAAACAGCAAAAAGCGGUUGCUGCCUCCUCUGGGGAACACGCCAGAGGAGCUGAUCCAGACCAAACUCCCCAGACACAGGCCCGAACGUCGGAUCAGCAGGAACAACAAGGUCAGCACCAUUCCCAUCGUGGGUCCAUGAACUCCUCCGCCGGCCUUUGGUCCGGAGAACUGGACACAUCUUUAAUGGUUCACUUGAAAAUUUAGACUUUUUUUUCCACAUUUGCAACUAUAGAAAUUUAUAUUUCUACUUGAUGAAGGGUGGGUCAUUCAUCCGAGGAGCUGCAGUCUACAGACUGGAUGAAAAUCUAGUUUAAAUCAAAUAUUCAUAAUGUUUUGGAAAACAAGACUGUUGAACUUUACCAGAUCGUUAAAGAGCAAGUCACCCCCUACCAGAGUAUUACUCCACUCCCACCUCCUGUUUGAAAAAUGCAACAAAUGCUGUUGCCUAGCAGACCGAGAGGGCAGAGCCGCUAACAAACACACACACACACACACACACACACACACACACACACACACACACACACACACACACACACACACACACACACACACACACACACACACACACACACACACACACACACAGGCUUACAACAACAUUGUGACAUCAUGAUGUACCAGCUAACGUUCUAGGGUACCUCUUAGCCAAUAGCGAUGGCAGAUUUAAAUUCAUCUGCAGUGCAGAGUUUUUACCUGACAACAGCACAACACUGACAGUUUUAGGCAGAAAAUUAAAAUUUUAACUAAAAUGCACUAAAGUGCAAAACUAUUGAUUACACGUGUCUGCAGCACGAUUAGACACUCAUUUAUAUAGUUCAUCAGAAAAAAGUUGAUUUGAGGGUGACUUGCUCUUUAACUCAUUCGCUGCCAGCGUUUCUCACCGUUUUUACUGUUUUUUUAAGAGUGACACAAAGUUGCGCGCUAGGAUGAUGUCGACGCCAAAACAACCAAAACAAAGCGGAGACUCACCUCUUACAUGAGGAAGAUUCAGCAUGUUUCGAGCUUUAUCCGUUCUUUCAUGAUCCGUUGUUGAACUGUGAUCGGCAGAAGCUUUUCCGGUUCGCGCCUCACUUUUUUGACAGCAGCUGCCCAAAACGAUCUCCUAACACAUGGAUGUUCUGCUUCCUGAUCACGUGACGUGUGACGUAUGCGGAUGAAGAUCGGCUUUAGAGCUGAGAUGUUUGUUCUCACGGUGCGGGGGCUCGUCCGACGCCCACACUGUAAAAAAUGCAACUGAUGACUUUAGUCAUCAUUGGCAGUGAAUGAGUUAACUGGUCCAGUAGUUCUACAUUAUUAUUAUUGUUUUUCUGUUUAAUAAACCCCCUCAACCGUGGCGUCAGCAUUAAGAAAAAGAAGAAACUUCGGUGGAUAAAAAAAUGUAUGCAAAGACUCAGACGUCCAAUAGGAAAAUCUGUGAUUACCUUUUAAAUGUAAACAUCUCUGCUGCAGUUCUUUCAGUUCUGGAGCAACUUUCUCUAUAAUAUUAACAAUGUUCUGUUGGUCCUCCCAUUCAUUUCCUUUCUAAGUUUUGGACAUUUUUCACAGCUCUUUUAAAGCUUUUGAUAGUUAUUGUUUACCUUUGAAACAGAAAGGUGUUUCAUGUGAUCUGUUGCAGGUGUAGAUAAUGCUAACGUAUCUUUCUUUCUGGAUCUCAAGUGCACGUUUUAAAGAAGAAAAGCAGAAGAGCAUUUAAAAAAUGACAGAAAUCACCGGAAUGUGAAGGUUAGAUCCGUUUUAUCGACUUCUCUCUGGUUUCCUAAAGAAACGGCUGUAAAAAGAGAGCAGAGAUACUGUAGAAAUGAGUCAGUCUGGGUUUUUGUGAUGAAUAAUUCAAACGGCAACGCUUCAGCUUCAACCUUUGUAAACAGAAGGCUCAGCUGCACCUCAAAUAUUUGUCAACUCUUCUGAAGAAUACCCACGAUGCCCUGUUCUGCCUACAAUGAGCCUGAAUCUGUUCUCCAGCCUACUCCUGCUCUCAUCAGGAAAAAUUGUGCAGUCACGCCUGACUUCAGACAAUAUCGACAGCUUCUCAAAGUACUAGUGAGAGAGAGAAAGGGUGUGUUCUGAUGUGUUUAUUGUGGUGAAUGAUGUAGUGCUGCAGUUACAGCUGCACACGGCAGUUGUUGAGUCCAGAAAGCAGUUUUGCUAAACAUAAAACCAAAGGUUCAUUGAUUCCUCCGAGGAUUACUCCGACCUCGGACUCGUAUCUGCCACACGACUGGAGUCAUGGCUUAUUUAAACACAACAGCAUUUACAAACAAUGCCAUAAAGAGGAUGCACAUGGAGAUAUUGAUGGUAGAGGAAGACAGUUGCAAUAAAGAAAACCAUGUAAUGACAUUUAUCUGCAAAAUGUAGAUUUUUUGUUCA